AAUACUUCAGCCUCUUGUGUCGUAUUUAUCUUUUCAAGCAUUGCUUUCUAGUAAACAUAAUGUCAUUGAACCGUGAUGAAUCAGAAGACAGCAAUGGUAAGGAUGGCGAUAUGUACCAGCCAUGCGCUACCUCUGGUCUGGUCUCAGCCAAAUUAACGAUUGUGGUUGGAGACACACAUUUCUCUGAAGAGAAGAUGCUGCUUGUUCAAAGCUGUGACUAUUUUCAAGCUCUGUACCGCUCUGGAAUGAAAGAAUGUCAUCAAGAGAAAAUCCACCUCCAGUGUCUGCGAGCUCGAGGCUUCCUUAUCGCCUUAGCUGUUUUACGGGGUGAGAUGCCAGUGCUGGAUGAAGAUGACAUUGUUGAAGCCAUCGAAUGUGCUGCUUUCUUACAGGUGACACAGCUCACAAAGCAUCUUAUUGACCUAAUUGACACUGACAACUGUUUGCUGAUGUAUCACACUGCUGCAACAUUCGGCCUCAUGGAUCUUUACCAUGCUGCUGCGCUCUUCAUUCGAGACAUGUUCAGUGACCUGGAGGCUGAGGUAAGAAAAACCUUACCAUCAGACCUGAUCUCUUACAUAGAGUCUUUGGCACCAAGUGUGUUUGUGGCUGUGGGGGCCCAUGUGACGUGCUGUGAGGAUAAAAGUGUACAUGCUGCCUCCAGAACAGUCUGCUACCUGGAUGAAACUGGCAAUAAUUGGAGAAUACUAGCAGAUCUUCCACUGGAGGCCAGCACCUCCAUGGCUGGAGUAACUGUUUUAGACAACAAACUCUAUAUUGUUGGUGGAGUUCAAGGCAUCCAUAAACAAGUUGUGGAGUCUUGUUUUUGCUACAGUGUUGAAAACAACAGUUGGACCAGGAUUUCCAGUCCUGCACAGCUGCGCUAUAAUUUAAGCCUUGUGGGUGUGGAUGGUUGUCUUUAUGCCAUUGGAGGAGAGUAUGAGAGAACGGUCAUGUCAUCUGUGGAAAUAUACAACACAAAGACCGGGAAGUGGAUGUUUGCUGCUCACUUACCACGGCCAGCAGCAGGAGUGGCUUGCAGCAAAAUCAUGAGCAGGAUAUUUGUGUGUUUGUGGAGGCCAAUGGAGACCACAGAAAUCUAUGAAUAUGUCUCAGGUAAAGACGAAUGGCAGCUCAUUACCACACUGAUCAGACAUCAGAGCUACGGUCACUGCAUGGUCGGCCACAAAGACAACCUCUACAUCAUGAGAAACGGCCCAUCUGAUGAUUUCCUUAGAUGUUUGAUGGACUGUUACAAUCUCAGUUCUGGUCAGUGGUCAUCCCUGCCAGGACACUUCGCCAACAGCAAAGGUUCCCUGUUCACGUCUGUGGUGAGAGGUGACUCUGUGUUCACUCUCAACAGAAGCAUGACGCUAGAAUACAUAGUUGAUGGGAAGAACUGGAAGCCUCGGCGACAGAUGAAAGGUUUCCCCAGAAGUGGAUCUGUGUGGACAUUUCUGCUCCGAUUGCCAGAUACUUACAUCUUGCAGAAGUGA